UCUACAGCAUAGAAGGCAAAGGUGCUACCCACUCAGAGAUGAGGUGCCAUGUUGAAUAUCCAGUGGCCAGCAUGAGUGAAUUUUACCCCAAACACCAAAUUUAACAGCCCUGCUCCCCAUAAAUAUAUAAAAUAUAUGAGGUCUGCAAGCUUUUAGUGUGUAUUCCUUUGGUGAUGGCCUUGUGGAAUCCCUCGGUUCAUUUCUAGUCUUUUCAUUUGAAAAAAGAUCGUUCUCCCUCAAAAACUCAUAAACAAUGCAGGAAAAAUUCUUAGUGCCAUUUAAAAGGUGUUUGGCAAUUUUCGUUCCCAGUUCCUCAGCACAGACAAGCACCCAUACGUUUCUUUGGCACUUUUCCCACCUCUCUCCUCUGCUCAUAUGACAAGAGCUCUCAUGUGCGCUGCCUUUCCACGAUUAAACACGGUGAUAUCGUUCAUAUCUAAAGUCAGGUCAUCUAAGGUCAGCCGCAGCUUCCGCGCACGCUGUGUUUACAAGCCUGAGCUUUGUUCCACUGACGGACACUGAAGGUCCAUCAUGGCGGUCACUCAGCUGUUAGACUUACUGCUGUGGAUUGACACGGAGAGCCUGUUACUGUUCUCCUGCGUCUUUUUACUUGUCUUCGACUACGUGAGAAAUAAAGCGCCGAAGAAUUUUCCUCCCGGACCGCCGUGUUUUCCUUUCAUAGGAAACAUUCCUCAAUUCGAUUUCGAGAAGUUUCACGUUCAGCUCUCUGAGUAUGCCAAAAAAUAUGGGAGUGUUUUCAGUAUUCAAAUGUUUGGCCCGAGGCUUGUUGUGCUGAAUGGAUACGAGGUAGUGAAAAAGGUGUAUGUUGAUCAGGGGGAGUACUAUGCUGAUCGCCCAGAUGUCCCUAUGCUUCGUGAUACUGUUGGAGAUAAAGGAGUUGUUGCUUCCAAUGGAUACCCAUGGAAGCAGCAGAGGAGGUUUGCACUGUCAACACUUCGGAGUUUUGGACUGGGAAAGAAAAGCCUGGAGCCCUCCAUCCAUCUGGAAUGCCGUUACCUGACUGAAGCUGUUUCAAAUGAACAAGGACGGCCAUUUAACCCUCGAGCUCUGUUGAACAGUGCUGUCUCCAAUGUGAUCUCUGUCCUUGUGUUUGGAGAUCGGUUCGAAUACAGUGAUGACGAGUUUCAAGUCUUGCUGAAGACGAUUAAUGAAAUCGUGCUCCUCGAAGGAGGCAUUUGGGGUCAGUUAUAUAACAUGCUCCCAUGGCUCAUGCGCAGAGUUCCUGGACCCCACCAGAAAAUAUUCACUUUGUGGAAGAGGUUGUUUGACUUUGCCCGUCAUAAAAUAGACGAGCACAGAGUGAACUAUGACCCCUCAAACCCGCGAGACUAUAUUGACUGCUUCCUCGUUGAGAUGGAAAAAUGGAAAGAUGAUGAGGCGGCUGGUUUUGAUAAGGAAAACUUGUGCUCUUGCACAUUGGAUCUCUUCAUUGCUGGGACUGAGACCACAGCUACAACUUUGUCCUGGGGUCUGCUGUACAUGACCAAAUAUCCUGAGAUACAGGCCAAAGUUCAGGCUGAGAUUGACCGGGUGGUGGGUACUGCACGGCAGCCAUCUGUGAUGGACAGAGAGAACCUCCCCUACACAAACGCUGUUAUUCAUGAGAUCCAGAGGAUGGGAAACAUCCUUCCGCUCAACGUAGUCCGGGCUGCCACAAAAGACACCCAGAUAGAAGAAUACUCAAUCCCAAAAGGCACAAUGGUGGUUGGCAACUUGACAUCUGUUCUGUUUGAUGAAACGGAGUGGGAGACACCUCAGUCAUUUAAUCCAGGUCAUUUCCUGGAUGCUAAUGGAAACUUUAGGAGGAGAGAUGCCUUCAUUCCUUUUUCUGCAGGAAAGAGGGUGUGUCUCGGUGAGCAGCUGGCUCGUAUGGAGCUCUUCCUGUUCUUCACCGCUCUGCUUCAGCGCUUCACUUUCAGACCACCAGAGGGUGUCGAGCCCCUUUUGGAGUACAUAUUAGGAGCCACACACAGCCCUAAACCCUACCAGCUCUGUGCCGUCCCACGAUGAGAUGUUGAACUUACAUGCAUAUAACUGAAAAGAAUAUUUUUCUUGCUUUCUUUUCACAGGAUUUAAUUUUUUUUGUAGCAUGCAUGCAUCGAUCACUGCAUCUCUGUAACUGUAGAAAUGACAACAUCCUUAGAGUUUCUGCAUUUUAGUCACUGAUAAAUCUGUAGCUUAAAACAUGAGACAGUUGUUUUCCUUGGAACCACUGGUGGCUCCAAAAUGCACUUUGUCAUAUUCUUUAUAACUUUCAUAUUUCAUAAGCUACACUCAAAAGGGAGGUGUCAUAUGAGAGCUCUAACUCUUCUUUCCAGUCAA